AGCAACUGGCAACUGAAAACUGACAGCUGACGGGAUGUAAACAUUCCGGAUCAGCUGUUUCGCGAAGCACGUGCUUAGGCAAGUGCGUAAGCUGUCCAGUUGUCAAAAACGUAUACCGGUAUAAUCUUACAAUUUCAGCAUAAGCCAUGACAGAAAGAAGUGCUAAUAGACCACUUAGAAUCUUGUGCCUUCAUGGGUAUAGGCAGAAUGGCAGUACAUUUCGGGAGAAAACAGGAGCUUUUAGAAAACUAUUAAAGAAACAAGUGGAAUUUGAAUUUAUGACUUCCCCUUUGGAAGUGCCUCCCCUAGAAAGUGCCGAUGACAAGGAUGGAGGCUCAGGUUGGUGGUUCAGCCGUCCAGAUGACUAUUUUAAAGCUCAGGAUGAGUCUGACUGCGUAAAAGGAUUUGAGGUAUGACGAGAGAAACCUUUCGAAAAUCAGAUUCUUGGUUUUAGUCAGGGGGCAAUGGGGUUUAUAUUGGCCUUAAACCAAAAGGGAAAACUCUCUUAUUCCUUUAAAUUUGCGAUUUUUGUGUCUGCCUUCAAGUCACGAUCAUUGCCUCACCAGCAUCUAUAUGCCGAGAAGAUCACUCUCCCAACUUUACAUGUGUUUGGAGAGACGGAUCAGGUUAUUGAGAAACCUAUGAGUGAGGAACAUCUACAGUAUUUCCUUGAUCCAGAGAUAUUAAUGCACCCAGGCGGUCAUUUCAUCCCAGCUACAGGAGCACAGAAAGCAGUCUAUCUUAAGUUCAUUGAAAAAAUGAGGGAGCUGUGUGACUGAUAAGUUAGUGCUAUUUAUGAUUUGGGGUAUACUUUAUUACAUUUUCUUAUUUGCAUUACGAAGCUAUUAAUUGUUCACUUGACAUCUUUACAAAUAUGACUGAGUCAUAUUAUAAAUGUACUUUAGUAAUCAUUUAUAUACAAAAAUAUAGCACUUGUUUAUAUAGUACUGUUUAGUACAAAUUUUAUUUUGCUCAAUAUACUUGUGAUACACUUACCUUUUGGUAUUGAUUGAACUGCAAUAAAAUAAUGGCACAUGUGAUGAUGGAUUUCAUAAAAAGAUGAAUAAAUAAGUGAUGCUAGAUUGUAUUUAAUUAAUAAAUUAGUUAAUACAUUUGUUGGUUGGAAUAUAGACACUAAUCCAGAGCCUGCAAGGUUGUAAAGUAGAUUUCUUUCAAAGUAUACCCAAAAAAUAAAAUACUUCUGAGUAUGUCAUAUGUAAAUAUAAACUCAUGUAUGAAUAUGCGCAUGGUGCGGAAGAGAAACCGAGACACAGAAGAAGGGAAUAUUUCCACUGGGAUUUUACGUCCUGAUGGGGAUUCUAGUCCAACUCGAAAUGUCACAUUUGAGUAUUCCUUUCUUACUGUGACGGUGCUACAUUUUGUCUUUGUGCACAUUGCUCUCUUUGUAAUUUUGUUUGUGUAUGAUGUGAUUUUCCCCAAUUUUA